AAACGCCAUCCCAUCAUCAACCACGCAAAGAGAGAGAGAGAGAGAUUAGAUAGCUGGCCGGCCGCCGCCGGCAAGCGUGAUGCAUUAUUCCCAUGGCGCGGCGGCGUUGGAGCUUCUGUUUGCCACUAUAUGUACUAGUGAUCACGUCAUCAGGCCCCCAUCGGUGGAUCAGCCGAUCGAUGGGCCGGGAGGCCAUGACGAACUGAUCACCCUCGUUGCUAGCUGGGGUAGGGUGGGAGCUGGUUACGAAGAAAUCACACAGCCCAUCUAAAAGCGACGACGCGACGGCAUCCUCCCAGCUUCCAGCUUCCAGCCUCCAGCCUCCAGCACCAGGGUGUCAGAGCGUGCUCCGAAUCCCCCGCCAAGAAACGCGAGAGCCUCCAUCACAGCUCUGCUGAGGUGUUUGUUUUGUUGAAUGAAACAGACGCACUGCUUGCUGUUGUUGCUGUUGCUGUCGUUGAAAUCGACUAAUUCUGUCCUUGGUUGCACUGUCUCUGAGCCUGCAGGCCUCUCAAUUCUGCCCGUCGAAGCGCCCGCGGCUUUUAUUACUGUGUAUAUAUAUAUAAUACUACGGCAUCUAUCGGUCCCUCAAAUCCUCCUCCUCCUCCUGCCGCAGCCCGCAGGGAGGUGGAGUUGUCAACGUGCCGAGGACUGGAGCGCCCGCGUCCGGCGUCUCUAUAAACGAGACCGCCCGGCCAUUUGGUCUGCUCCUCUCUGUUCUCCCCUGCCUGCCUGCUUCCAGCUGCAUCUCUCUCCGCCGAGACCGAGAGGAGGAGGAGGCAAGGGAGGCAUCCCUGACGUACGGACGGCGGCCAUGGGGACGCAGGCGCCGGAGAACUACCCCGCCGAGAAGGUACAGGACGCGAGGAGCGCGCGGGAGAAGGCCAUCGACGACUGGCUCCCGAUCACCUCGUCGCGGAACGCCAAGUGGUGGUACUCCGCCUUCCACAAUGUCACCGCCAUGGUCGGCGCCGGCGUGCUCAGCCUGCCCUACGCCAUGUCCGAGCUUGGCUGGGGCCCUGGCAUCGCGGUGCUGGUGGUGUCGUGGGUGAUCACGCUGUACACGCUGUGGCAGAUGGUGGAGAUGCACGAGAUGGUCCCCGGGAAGCGGUUCGACCGUUACCACGAGCUGGGGCAGCACGCGUUCGGGGACCGGCUGGGCCUGUGGAUCGUGGUGCCGCAGCAGCUGGUCGUCGAGGUGGGCGUGAACAUCGUGUACAUGGUGACCGGCGGCAAGUCCCUGAAGAAGUUCCACGACGUGCUGGUGUGCGGCGACACGGGGGUGUGCGAGGGGAAGGACAACAUCAAGACCACCUACUUCAUCAUGAUCUUCGCGUCCGUCCACUUCGUCCUCUCGCAGCUCCCCAACUUCAACUCCAUCUCCGGCGUCUCCCUCGCCGCCGCCGUCAUGUCGCUCAGCUACUCCACCAUCGCGUGGGGCGCGUCGGUGCACAAGGGGAGGAUGUCGGGCGUCGACUACCACCUGCGCGCGACCACCACGCCGGGGAAGGUGUUCGGCUUCUUCGGCGCGCUGGGGGACGUGGCGUUCGCCUACGCCGGCCACAACGUGGUGCUGGAGAUCCAGGCCACCAUCCCGUCCACCCCCGACAAGCCGUCCAAGAAGCCCAUGUGGAAGGGCGUGGUGGUCGCCUACGUCGUGGUGGCGCUCUGCUACUUCCCCGUCGCGCUCAUCGGCUACUGGGCGUUCGGAAACACGGUCGAGGACAACAUCCUCAUCACGCUCAGCAAGCCCAAGUGGCUCAUCGCGCUCGCCAACAUGAUGGUCGUCGUCCAUGUCAUCGGCAGCUACCAGAUCUAUGCCAUGCCGGUGUUUGACAUGAUAGAGACCGUGCUGGUGAAGAAGCUGCGCUUCCCUCCCGGCCUCACGCUGCGUCUGAUCGCUCGGACCCUCUAUGUUGCGUUCACGAUGUUCAUAGCCAUCACCUUCCCCUUCUUCGGUGGGCUGCUCGGUUUCUUCGGCGGGUUCGCCUUCGCGCCGACCACCUAUUUCCUUCCCUGCGUCAUGUGGCUCGCAAUCUACAAGCCCAAGAGGUUCAGCCUCUCCUGGUUGACCAACUGGAUGUGCAUCAUUCUUGGGGUGCUCCUGAUGAUUCUGUCGCCCAUCGGAGGGCUCCGGCAAAUAAUAAUGGACGCGAAAACCUACCAGUUCUACUCGUGAGCUACCACCAGCCAUGACUUGUAAGCACGAUUGGAGAAAUCUGUCAAAGCCUCAACCACGAGUUUUUGUUUUUGUUUUUUGUCAUGCCAAACACAUACAUAUACGUACUGUUUUUUUAAUAUUCAAAGGUGUUCUUCGUGGCUUGCGUGUGUACAGUAUUAUGUGUAUGAGGGAGACAUAAGUUUAAUGAUGCUGGCUGUCAAAGAUAAUGGCGGUUCAAUUACACUUUCA